CGCCCUUCCGGGGCGGGUCCUGGCCGUAGUAGGGUGAUCGGCGACUCAAACUGCUGGUGGCAUGAGGGGCCUGGAAGUGGCUUCGAGGCUCCUUGGCGAGCGAGGGUUGUUAGAGCAGGAGGCCGGCGCGGACACGGAGGCAGCGGAGCUCCUGACCUUCCUCGUCCCCGGCGCGCGGGCAGACCUGCAGGCGGCCGCGGCGCAGUACGUGUUGGCGCUGACUGGUUCGAGCUCGGGCCGCACGCUGUUAGCAGGACAGGCGGCGCUGCUGCGGGCUCUUGCCGAACUUGCGGUGGCCCCGGCCCCAGCUCCUUCCCGCGACGCCUCCCGCGCGCUCGUGAACUUGGCCGCUGACCCCGGCCUGCACCAGCAGCUUCUGGCGGCGAACCCGGAGCUGCCUGCCCGCCUGCUGAGCUGUGUGUUGGACUCUCAAUGGCCCUGGGCUGAGGAGGCAGCCGCAGUACUGGCCAACCUGAGCCGCGAGCUGGCUCCAUGUGCCGCGUUGAUGGAGAAGCUGAUGGCCGCUGAGCCGGAGCAGCUGGGUCUGGAGCGGCUGGGGGGCGCGCUGUGCAUGCCCACCUACAACGCGGCCGCGCCCCUGCAUUACCUGGGGCCACUGCUCUCCAACCUUAGCCAGCAGGCGGAGGUGCGCGCCUUUCUCCUGGACCCGGACAGGUGCGUGGUCCAACGGCUGCUGCCUCUUACCCAGUACACAGACUCCUCAGUGCGGAGGGGAGGAGUGGUGGGAACACUUCGGAAUUGCUGUUUCGAGCAUCGACACCACAAGUGGUUGCUCGGGCCCCAAGUCGACAUUCUUCCCUUCUUGCUACUGCCCUUGGCUGGUCCUGAGGAGUUUUCAGAGGAAGAAAUGGACAGGCUGCCUGUUGACCUGCAGUACUUGUCGCCAGACAAGCAACGAGAGCCAGAUGCUGACAUCCGAAAGAUGCUCAUUGAAGCCAUCAUGCUGCUGACAGCCACUGCACCAGGUCGGCAGCAGAUACGGGACCAGGGUGCUUACUUGAUCCUUCGAGAGCUGUACAAUUGGGAGCCAGAGCCUGAUGUGCGAAUGGCUUGUGAGAAACUUAUCCAGGUGCUCAUUGGUGAUGAGCCAGAGGUUGGCAUGGAAAACCUGCUGGAGGUGCAGGUGCCUGAAGACGUGGAGCGACAGCUGCAACACAUAGACCAGCAAGAACAGCUAGAGCUUGCUCAAGAGCUCAGAGGCAAGGGUGCCCCGCAGACCUGAAGAUCCUUUGGCCUAAGUGCCGGCUCCAGAUCUACUUUGCCUGUGAUCCUACAGGGCUCUAGGGUAAACGCCCAGUAAAUGUUGAGAAGCUCAAGGACACUGACCAAUCCUGUGCCUGCUUGUAACCAGCAAAAAUGCAAGUUGUUCGGUGCUUGCACUAUUGAGCUGGAGCUGGCUAGGUCCUGUGCCAUAGCUGCCUACAUAUGAGGCAGGUAGCUGAUGGCCACUAGAGCUAUGAGGAGCCUAUUUCCAGACUGUGGGUAGGGCUGUAUUGAAAACACUACAAACCCUGGGGAGUCAACUAGAGCUUUUCAUUCCCAAAGGCACUGAAGGAUCUGGACAUGGAUUGUCUUAGAGGUGCAAACAGUGCUAUGAGCCUCAA